AUGUGGCAGUAUCUUCUCGGGAGCAUUCUUCUGCUAGUCGCCCUGCACCUGGUUAAACGCGUCGAACAAUGGCGGAACAGGAGGAGGUACGCCCAGAAAUAUAGCACCAAAGACCCCGUCAGGAUCUCGGACAUCCGUCGCCCCGAAGGAGGGAGCUACACCAAGGAGACCGUCCAGGCGUUUCGAAAGCAUCAGGGCCUGGAGUUGCUCCGGAAGAGACACGAGGCGUGCGGUUAUACCUUUGAAUCCCACACACUGGGGGGUCGCAUCGUCAAUACCUCGGAGCCGGAGAACAUCAAAGCGGUCCUGGCCACUCACUUCCAGGACUACUCUCUGGGUUUCCGACAGGCCGCGCUGGGACCGCUGCUAGGCAAAGGCGUCUUCACGACGGACGGACAGGAAUGGAAACACUCGCGCGGACUGGUGAGACCCAACGUGGAAAAGGCCCAUGUCACCGACUUGAGUAUCCUAGAGAAACAUAUCCGUCAGUUGUUGGCGCACAUCCCGCGAGAUGGCCGCACCAUUGACGUGCAGGACUACUUCUUCAAACUAUCGUUUGAUAACUCCACCGAGUUUCUGUUUGGGGAGUCCGUGAGGUCGUUCGAGGCGGCCGAGAACUCGGAAGAAGCUCGCUUCGCAGCCGCCUUUGACUUUGCCAGCGGCGAGACGAUCCGUCGGUUACAGUACGGACCCUUCCUGCCCCUGUACUUUAAUCGCGACUUCACCAAAGCAUGCAAGGUAGUCCACCGCUUUGUCGACAACGUCGUCGCCAAAGCUCUCGCCCGGCGGGCAAGUCGCAAGGCGGGCGAGAAGACCGGGAACUAUAACUUCUUGGACGGCUUGAUGGAUUCAGUGACGGAACCCAAGCGCCUGCGUUCCGAGACGCUCAAUCUCAUGCAGGCAGGGCGCGACACGACCGCUGGCAUGCUCGGGCAUGUUUUCUACCUGCUCGCCCGGCGAUCGGAUGUAUGGGCCAAGCUGGAGGCGGAGGUGGCGACCCUCGAAGGGAGGGCUCCCACGUAUGAGGACCUCCAACAGUUGACAUACCUCCGCCAAGUCAUGAACGAAACCCUCCGCAUCUAUCCUGUCGCACCUAUCAACAGUCGUGUCGCCGUCCGGGACACGAUUCUCCCCACCGGAGGAGGGCCCGACCACAAGUCCCCGAUUUUCAUUCCCGCAGGCCAGAAAAUCUCAUUCCCGGUGUACGUUAUGCACCGCCGGAAGGACAUCUACGGUCCCGAUGCGAAUGAAUUCCGCCCGGAGCGAUGGGGGGAGCCCAACUUCCGCCCUGGUUGGGCGUACCUGCCAUUCAACGGCGGGCCCCGGGUGUGUCUGGGCCAACAAUUCGCCAUGACCGAAGUGGGAUAUACCAUCGUGCGGCUGGUGCAGACCUUUAAGGCCGUCAUCCAGCGAGACUUCAGCCCCUAUAAAGAACAUGUGAGGAUCUCGGCGAGUGUCUACGGCGGGGUGCAGGUGGGCUUGAUCCCGCGGGAUUGA